AUGCCUCCCAUGCAGCCAUGCCUUCCAUGCAGCCAUGCCUCCCAUGCAGCCAUCCCUCCCAUGCAGCCAUCCCUCCCAUACAGCCAUCCCUCCCAUGCAGCCAUGCCACCCAUGCAGCCAUGCCUCCCAUGCCUCCCAUGCAGCCAUCCCUCCCAUGCAGCCAUCCCUCCUAUGCCUCCCAUGCAGCCAUGCCUCCCAUGCAGCCAUCCCUCCUAUGCCUCCCAUGCAGCCAUGCCUCCCAUGCCUCCCAUGCAGCCAUCCCUCCCAUGCCUCCCAUGCAGCCAUGCCUCCCAUGCAGCCAUCCCUCCUAUGCCUCCCAUGCAGCCAUCCCUCCCAUGCAGCCAUCCCUCCCAUGCAGCCAUGCCUCCCAUGCCUCCCAUGCAGCCAUCCCUCCCAUGCAGCCAUCCCUCCUAUGCCUCCCAUGCAGCCAUCCCUCCCAUGCCUCCCAUGCAGCCAUCCCUCCCAUGCAGCCAUGCCUCCCAUGCCUCCCAUGCAGCCAUCCCUCCUAUGCCUCCCAUGCAGCCAUGCCUCCCAUGCAGCCAUCCCUCCUAUGCCUCCCAUGCAGCCAUCCCUCCCAUGCCUCCCAUGCAGCCAUCCCUCCCAUGCAACCAUCCCUCCCAUGCAGCCAUGCCUCCCAUGCAGCCAUGCCUCCCAUGCCUCCCAUGCAGCCAUGCCUCCCAUGCAGCCAUGCCUCCCAUGCAGCCAUGCCUCCCAUGCAGCCAUGCCUCCCAUGCAGCCAUCCCUCCCAUGCAGCCAUGCCUCCCAUGCAGCCAUCCCUCCCAUGCCUCCCAUGCAGCCAUCCCUCCCAUGCAGCCAUCCCUCCCAUGCAGCCAUGCCUCCCAUGCAGCCAUCCCUCCCAUGCAGCCAUCCCUCCUAUGCCUCCCAUGCAGCCAUGCCUCCCAUGCAGCCAUGCCUCCCAUGGAGCCAUCCCUCCCAUGCCUCCCAUGCAGCCAUCCCUCCCAUGCAGCCAUCCCUCCCAUGCCUCCCAUGCAGCCAUCCCUCCCAUGCCUCCCAUGCAGCCAUCCCUCCCAUGCAGCCAUGCCUCCCAUGCCUCCCAUGCAGCCAUCCCUCCUAUGCCUCCCAUGCAGCCAUGCCUCCCAUGCAGCCAUGCCUCCCAUGGAGCCAUCCCUCCCAUGCCUCCCAUGCAGCCAUCCCUCCCAUGCCUCCCAUGCAGCCAUCCCUCCCAUGCAGCCAUACCUCCCAUGCAGCCAUCCCUCCCAUGCAGCCAUCCCUCCUAUGCCUCCCAUGCAGCCAUGCCUCCCAUGGAGCCAUCCCUCCCAUGCCUCCCAUGCAGCCAUCCCUCCCAUGCCUCCCAUGCAGCCAUACCUCCCAUGCAGCCAUCCCUCCCAUGCCUCCCAUGCAGCCAUCCCUCCCAUGCAGCCAUGCCUCCCAUGUGGCCAUGCCUCCCAUGCAGCCAUGCCUCCCAUGCCUCCCAUGCAGCCAUCCCUCCCAUGCCUCCCAUGCAGCCAUGCCUCCCAUGUGGCCAUGCCUCCCAUCCCUCCCAUGCAGCCAUGCCUCCCAUGCCUCCCAUGCAGCCAUCCCUCCCAUGCAGCCAUGCCUCCCAUGCAGCCAUGCCUCCCAUGCAGCCAUCCCUCCCAUGCCUCCCAUGCAGCCAUCCCUCCCAUGCAGCCAUGCCUCCCAUGCCUCCCAUGCAGCCAUCCCUCCCAUGCCUCCCAUGCAGCCAUGCCUCCCAUGCAGCCAUCCUUCCCAUGCAGCCAUGCCUCCCAAGCAGCCAUUCCUCCUGCAUGA